UUUUAACAUGGCCGCAUGUUGAACGAGACGAUUCUCUUUACUGUUUGCCAAAAUAAAUUAAUACUGGCGUGAUUGUUAGCGGAUUUGUGUUUAUAGUGUAGCACUGGGGACUAAAUAAUUGACGACGCUAUAAAUCGUGUUUGGUGAAGAUGAUGCAUCACCCGAACAUGCAUCAUCAGCCGAUGUCGGGGCACCCGCCGCAGCACAUGGGGGGCCACCAAGGAAUGCCUGGCCAUCAUCAAAUGCCGCCCCAUCAAAUGCAUAGAGAAAACAGGCACGUAACGCUAACUAGGGUGCCGCUGGGCGCGUCGCAGGGCGGCGGGCUGGGCGCGCUGGGCGGCGCCAUGGACGUGCCGCACCACGCGCCCGCGCUGCGCCCGCCGCAGCCCAUCCGCGCCAUGGCCCACCAUCCGCCGCAGCAACACCACUAUGUACCACCGCAACAGAUGAAGCCGAUGCGGCGGCCCUACACGACCUAUGGACCUGCCAACGCGCCUGUAAUGCCUCCCAUGUAUCCGCAGCCGGCGCCCAUACAGCCACAGCAGCCGCAAGGUCUGGGCAAAUCGCAAACGUCUCCAGUAUUGGCGAAGUCGAAGCUUACAUCUGAUUUUGUAGCGUCGCCCCCGGCCCCCGCGCCCGCGCCGCCGGCCAGCGCGCGGGAGGAGCCCCCGGCGCCGGCCGACAAGGAGGCGGCUCGGCCGGCGCCCGCCGCCAACAGUAAAGAGAAGACGCCCAUGUGCCUGGUCAACGAGCUGGCCAGGUACAAUAAGAUUAAGCACCAAUACCGCCUCACAUCAGAAACGGGACCCGCUCACAAGAAAAUAUUCACAGUAACACUCCGAUUGGGUGAUACUGAAGAAUACACAGCAGAGGGUACGUCCAUAAAGCGAGCACAGCACGCGGCGGCGAGCGCGGCGCUGACGGGCACCCGCUUCCCGCCGCCGCCGCCCCGCGCCGAGCCCGCGCACUCCGCCGCGCAUCCCCACCACAGGCACUCAGGUACAGUGAUGCCGACGGUGGAGCUGAACGCGCUGGCCAUGAAGCUGUGCCAGCCGGCCGUGUACACGUCGGUGCCGCCCGUGGCCGCGCCGCGCCCGCCGCGCGCGCGCGCCGCGCCGCUCUACCGCGUGCCCGCGCCCGGGUUCGUGCCCGCCGGGUACCAGCGGAUGAUGACGCCGGGGCUGUUGUACCGCGUGCGCGUGUGCGUGGGCGGGCGCGCGUGGCUGGGCGAGGGCGCCACGCCGCAGGCCGCGCGCCACGACGCGGCCGCGCGCGCGCUGCACGAGCUGCGGCACCCGCCCGCCGCGCCGCCCGCGCCCGCCGCCCCCGACACUGGUGACACCAAGUCCGAGAGCGAAGACCCGUUGAACUCGGAAGUUAAGUCGCCCGUGUCGCUGGUACACGAACUGGCGCUGAAGCGGAACCUCUCCGUCGUGUUCACGGUCAAGAGCGAGCGGGGCCCGCCACACAUGAGAGUAUUCGUAACGGCGUGUACAGUGGGCGACAUGGAGACUGAGGGCGAGGGCAACGGCAAGAAGGUGUCAAAGCGGCGCGCCGCCGAGAAGAUGUUGGAGGAGAUGAAGGGUCGCUGGCCGCCCACUCUGCUGCGGCCGCGGGUCACGCACGAGAAGAGAAAACCGCAACCUACCAAGAAGAAACCCAGGAACUUGAUAAAGGAGGGCGGCGCUGGGUGCGCUGGCGGCGCGGCGGGCGGCGCGGACAACCCGAUCUCGCGGCUGGCGGUGGCGCGGCACGCGGCGCGCGCGCGCUCGCCGCAGUACCGCGUGCUGGAGGAGCGCGGCGCGGCGCGGCGGCGCGAGUUCCUGGUGCAGUGCGACGCGCCGCCGCACGCCGCCACCGGCCUCGGGCCCAACAAGAAGACCGCCAAGCGGCGCGCCGCGCACAACGUUCUGCUCGCCAUGGAAAUGAGUGCUAAUUCGACAGAGACUGCCACGUCGCCGACUGCCAACAAUAGCCAGGAAGCCGCAGUCAAUGGCUCGCCAGAUACAAAUAAGAACGCCGAUCCUAAACGAAAGGAGUCGGAAGGCGGCGGUGGCGACGCUCGGCAGCCAGUACCGGGCGUAUUGCUCAUGGACUACCACCAGCGAGGCGCGCAGAACGGUGUUACCGAAACAACUCCGGGCAACGGUUCGUCUCCGGGCGCGAAGGACCAACUCAUGUACUUGUCGCAGUUGCUGGGUUUCACGGUUCAGUUCUCAGACUUCCCCAAGCGCAACCACGGCGAGUACCUGUCUCUGGUGUCGCUGUCGACGGAGCCGCCGGUGAUGUGCCACGGCGGCGGCGCCUCCACGCAGCUGUCGCACGAGCAGUGCUCGCUCGCCGCGCUGCGGGCGCUGGCGCUCAUGGGGCUCGACGCCGCGCCGCAACCCUUGCAGAUCCCAAACGCGAGCGCGACGCCCAGCAAAGCAAAAGCGAUCCCCAACGGCAUCGCCGAGUGAGCGCGUCCCUUCUCUUAGUGUAGUGACUCCUGUUCAGCUCCCGGCCAUUUGAUCUAUUGUUUGAUUUAUGCAAUAUUCAGUCGUGUAUUCAGCGCGGAAUAUGUAGUUCGGGACGACUUCAUUUCGUUUAAAAUAAUAUUCUUUAUUUUAUCCUCGUAGUACGACUUAUUUAUUUACCAACGCGACUAUUUGAUCUCGGGUCUUGCAACAAUACUUAGUACUUUUUGUUAUUCAAAACAAUUCUUAUUUUAGAAUUUAAUAUGUAUAUUUUAUGUUAUUUUUACGAACUGCAAGAAGCUAUUUUAGUUACUCGCGAACUUUUAACGAAAACUGCCGCUCACAAACUAGGACUAAUUUAGGAUUUUCUAUAUAUAAUAGUUAUUGUUAUAUUUAUUGGUGUAUUUUAAGUAACAAAACGAGUUUUACGUUUCACUAUGGGGUAGUCGGUCUCAGUUAAAACGCAUCUCAUAUAAAUUAUGUAUUUAAGAAUAGUUCAAGAUAGUCAAACGUAUAAUUCUAUAACAGCAACGUUAUUGUAUUCGCCGGGCGCGUUUGAGAAAUGUGGCCGGCGAUCUAUUGUUAGGUAGUAAUUGACAUAAAUUAUGAAUAAAAUUAUGUAGAAACGAAUAUAUUACGAAACUGAGGCUGUGAAGCCAAACCAAAACAGUUGGUCGGGGCGCGGCGGGCGCCGGGGCCGGGCGAGCUAACCUGAUAUUCAUAUUGUUAAAUGUUAGAGCGUUAAAGUUUGAACCUUUGCGAGUUUAAGGUUUUAAAUAUUUUAAUGUGCUUGUUACGAGUGUUGCCGCCGUCCCCCGGCGAGCGUCCCGACAAACGCUAAAGUUACAUCAUGCGGCCAUGGUGUCUCCUUAGUUUAGCUUAAUCGUAAUCGCCGUGGUCCCCGCCUCCAGUUAAUGCGUCUCGUUGUCGGAGCGGAGAGGACGGCGAUUAUAACAUUUGUGGCCUCGAUUUUUAAAUAAACCACUAGUGGGUGAGCGUUUGCAAAUUUCCCCGACCCUAAGCUUUGAAAUGUGUAAUUUAGACGUAAGUUAUGACGGAUAUUUGACACGCGAUCUUGCGAGCCCCUAUCGACGUAGGAUAAGGUUAUUGCUUAUAGUUUUAGGCUCUGAAUCUAAUGCAUGUAAUCUAUUGUAACGUUUUCGACUAAUAUAUAGAUUUUUUUCUAGUUGUUAAAAUAAUAUAGUGUUUACGAUUCAUCGGCGACUGCGAGCCGUACGCCUGCGUUGGCACGCGGACGCCGACACUAGUACGAUGUACCUUUUCCUGAUUGUACAUUUCAUUGUAAUGGGUCCGAUAAAUGAAUUUUACUUAUUUUAAGUUAGUAAGUUUAUUUAGGCGCAUCGAAUACAUUUGUAGAAAUAAAAUGUACUCGUAAACGCUUGUAAACUUGACCGUUCAUUUCGGAAUAGCGGUUUUAUUAAGUUAUUUUUGUAUAUUGUACUGAUUUCUUCGUUAUUUGUUAAAACGAUUUUAAAUCGAGGCCAUUGUGAAAUUUCUUCGUGUUGAAAGUUGCACGGUAACUGCGAUACAUAAAGAAAUUGUAAUUGGAUAAAGAAAACGCCACAAGGGCAUUAAGAAGGGUUUUAUUUAUUUUGUUGUAAGUAACUAAUAUUUUAUACAACGUGGGUGGAGCAAGUCCCAGCUGAAUUUCGUGCUUAUAGCAAACUAUUGUAAGUAUACAACAAUAAAG